GUUUGCGCCUGCGCGGUGGGGUCGGCAGGUGGCGGGUCGGUGUUGUUCGGGGGAGAGCGGCGGCAAGAUGGCGGCGCCCGGGGGCUCCGCUGCCGCCUCGGCGCUGAAGGGGUUACUCCAGCAAUUCACCGCCAUCACGGGGGCCACCGAAAGCAUAGGCAAGCAUAUGCUUGAAGCAUGCAACAAUAAUCUGGAAAUGGCUGUCACUAUGUUCCUGGAUGGUGGAGGAAUAGCUGAGGAACCGAGCACUAGUUCUGCAAGUGUAUCAAACCUCCGGCCACAUACAGAAGAUGAAGUAAGAGCACCUAUUCCUCAAAAGCAGGAAAUUCUGGUAGAACCUGAGCCAUUAUUUGGAGCUCCAAAAAGACGCAGACCUGCUCGAUCAAUAUUUGAUGGUUUUCGGGAUUUCCAAACAGAAACUAUACGUCAGGAGCAAGAAUUGAGGAAUGGAGGAGCAAUAGACAAGAAACUGACCACUCUCGCAGAUCUAUUCAGGCCUCCAAUUGAUCUAAUGCAUAAAGGGAGUUUUGAAACAGCCAAGGAGUGUGGUCAGAUGCAGAACAAAUGGCUCAUGAUAAACAUACAGAAUGUACAGGAUUUUGCCUGUCAGUGUCUUAACCGUGACGUUUGGAGCAAUGAAGCUGUGAAAAAUAUUAUCCGGGAACACUUCAUUUUUUGGCAGGUGUAUCAUGACAGUGAAGAAGGACAAAGAUACAUACAGUUCUACAAAUUAGCAGACUUCCCAUAUGUGUCUAUUCUGGACCCUAGGACAGGGCAGAAGCUUGUGGAGUGGCAUCAGCUAGAUGUAACCUCUUUUUUGGACCAAGUGACUGGGUUUCUAGGGGAGCAUGGACAACUAGAUGGACAUUCUACCAGUCCUCCCCAGAAACGCUCUCGCUCUGAGAGUCUUAUUGAUGCAAGCGAAGAUAGCCAGUUGGAAGCUGCCAUCAGAGCGUCUUUACAGGAAACACAUUUUGACUCUGACCAAGCCAAGCAGGAGAGCAGAUCAGAUGAAGAAUCUGAAUCGGAGCUUUUCUCUGGGAGUGAAGAAUUUAUUUCUGUUUGCGGUUCUGAUGAUGAUGAGCCAGACAAUUCUUCAAAGUCAAGGAAGUCUCCACACAAGGACUUGGGAUGUAGGAAAGAAGAAAGCAGAAGGCCCCAGCCAGAGCCCACUGCAAGGACUGAACCCGAGGUGAUAACAAACCACCGAGAACUGUCUUGCAUAGAUUCUGGGGUGCUAGCAGAGGCAGAAGCUAAGCAAGAAGCUGCUGUGAAGGAGUUAAAUGUUAAUGGACCAAAGGCUCAGCUAAUGCUAAGGUAUCCGGAUGGGAAGAGGGAACAAAUAUCAUUGCCUGAACAAGCUAAGCUUCUGGCUCUUAUCAAACAUGUGCAGUCAAAAGGAUAUCCUAAUGAACGUUUUGAACUCCUCACCAACUUUCCCCGAAGGAAACUUUCCCACCUGGACUAUGAUAUCACAUUACAAGAGGCUGGCCUUUGUCCUCAAGAAACUGUCUUUGUGCAAGAAAGGAAUUAGUUCUCCCUGUGUCGUCUUUGCCUACAGUACUAACUCAUCAAGUACACAGUUUGGCUCCAUGAGAUCACAGAGCUGAAAUCAGACAGCCAGUUGCUGACUUCUCUCUUUCCCUACGUGUUCCAUUAGCAAGCAGUCCACAGCAGGAUAAGUUGGCUGGCUUUGAUGAUGGAGGAAGACACAUGUACUUCAGUUGUUCAGGGCACACCUGCCUCAAUUCAUUAUUGUUUCAAAAUAAGAAGGGCUGUCUAUAUGUCCAGAUGCAGGGGCAGUACACAGCCAAGACAAGAAAUGCUUUCUCCUUUCCCUCUCACAACAGAAGUCUAUUUUCGUUAAUAUAUUUUAUUUUUCACAGUAUCAUGUGACCAGACAUUAACAGUUUUGUCAGGCAACCUGAGCAUGGUAUUGCUGAAAGGAGGAGUUUUUUCUUGUAUCACUGACCUUUGUAGCAUCUGGUUUUCAAGGGCGCUUGGCAUUUGCCAAGAGGUACUGAAAACUGAAUCUGACGUAGUGUGGGUGCAUACUGCUGGAUUGCUGUGAAUAGGUGCCAGCACACAGGCUUUUUCAGACAAACAGCACAUGCGUAAUUAGUUAUGUGGAGAACUCCUAACUCUUGCUUACAUGUAAAGAAAAUGAAAACAGCUGCAAAUCCACUGCCUUAUUGUCAUUUGAGAAUGAUCACAAGCACAGUUCCAAGAAAGGGCACAGAAAUGUUAGAACAGUUCAUGUAGCCAGUAGUGCUGAUGUAACUUGAUUGAGAGUUGCAGAGCUCCCUUUUUCAUGUUCAGAAGUAAAGCUUUGAGGCCGUGGAAUGUGGCAAGAUACCCAUUAUGAAUCUAAAGCUGAUUAAAUCUUUUCUAUCAUAACAAAAGCUGUUUUUGUUGUGCCCGACAACUUUUGUGGAACUCUGUUGGUCUGUGGUGUAUUUGUGUAGGUACCGUGCUUAAAGAUGAAAGCACUCCUUGUGCUUUUUCAUGGGUGAUAUAAAAUCCCAUAGAGAUAAUCAACUCACUCACAGCAUAAGCAAAGCAAGAUGUUUUGGGGCCCCAAUCUCAGCUUGGGCAGCUAGAGUUUAGAAAAAAAGUUGUUUGUUGUUGUGUGUUCUAUUUGGUCACAAAAGAUAUAGUUGAAUGCCAGAUGUGAUUUAUGAAGGAGUGAUGUGGCCUGCUUGAGUCUGAUAACAAAUUAUGUUUGGGGCUAAAUCAUGGUGGGAUUAUUAUAUCGUCAUUACAAGCUUCUGAUAAUACAGUUCUUGAGGAAUAACAGCUUGUAUGGCAUUAUGAAAUGGAAACAUCCUUUUGGGAAUAACAAAUAUGGAUUCUUUUUUUUACAUCUGAGAGAUCAUAAUUUUUUGGAAAGUGUUAAAACAAAUUGAUAUUAUGUUAAAAAUUGUAUAGCUGGCAGUGUGUGAAUUCACAUGUAGUUUGCUAAUGGAAACAGACUACUGUGUUGGAUAAGACAUCUAGUUUUUGAUGUGACUAUCAAGACCCUGCGACUCCUUUCUUGGAAACUGAUGCUAGCAAAUAAUUUAUCUAAAGAUCAUGGUAGAGACAAUGCAGAUCAACAGUGUCCGUUAAAACUAAACUAAGCUUGCAGCCUAAUGAACGGGUUGUUAGUAGCAGAAAUUCAACUUUUGGUUCUCUCCUUGACCCAUUUUCCUAUUAUUUUUGCCCUUAUCCUCAAACUUCUUUGUCCUUCGCCCACCUUUUAUUUAGAAUCUUGUUUCUUGAUCCAUUGUUUGCACCAUGCUCUUUCUUCAGCUCUUUGUUUGGACCUUAAAGAGAAAGUAGGACUGUCUAGCAUUAUUUCUUGAAGUUAUUUCCUUAGUUCUCAGCUCUGUAAAAUUGCCUGAAUUAUGAUUGCCUUUAAUCUUCUGUAUUGGUUUUGGCUUCAGCUGUCCUUAGCUGAUAUGGGAGGAUAAAAAGACCAUAUUUUAAGUUGUCAGUUACUUUUGAGGAGAUUUGCUGCUUUUAUACUCAUUGAAUUGUGAAUGAGAAAAAGUACUACAUUUGUUAAUAGUUCAUGGAGAGCUGUCUUUUCAUGAACAAGUACUUUGUGAGGAAUAGUAACUGCAACAUAUAUAAUCCAUGUUAGAGCAUGGCACGUGUCAAAAAACAUUUUCAGAGUCCUUGAGCUCUAGUAAUGCCCCAUAUUUAACAUUAAUUUAUUUUUACUUCAGCUUAUUUAUAUAUUCUUAGGGCAAGGCUGUUGAUCCUUAAUGCCCAGCACUGUUACAUUCGUUUUAAAUUCAUUUCAGAUGUUCUAUACUGCCCUAGCAGUGUAGUUUCCAGGAUAAUUAUGAAACUAAAUAUCAAUAAUAAUAUAUUAAACAGCUGUAAGAUAUGUUUUUUUCCUAGAAUUUGAAUCCAAGAAUUUUCUGGGAAGGGAAUUUUAAUAGACUACCACUAAGUUGACCAUAAAAAGUUACAUAAACACACAGAGAUAUAAACACACACACACACACACACACACAUCGCUCAGAAUUUAAUUUAAAAAUUAACAAAAUGUUUUGUCAUUUGCUGAAAACAAAAGUGAGUUGCAUUUAAGGUGGCAGUUUAGAACAUUUUAUUGUCACCCUUUUUAAAGGGAUAAUGGUUUAUUUUUAUCUAGAUUGAACCCACAUGGUGUUAAGGUUUUCAUCUAUAGAUCAAGAAAUUUCCCCUUAUAAAAAUAAAUCGUCCUUUGUUGGAAAUGCUGAUUGGUUUUAAGUCAUACAUAUUCACGAGUGCAUGCGUGUGUACGUAAUAUUAUGAGCAUCUCACACUGUUCUUUUACAGCUAUUCAAGCAGAGAACCAGCAGAGUACUAAUUUCCUUAGAAUUCUUGUAACCAAAAUUCUAAGUUGUCUUAAAUAGGAACUUUGCUGAAGGUUUUUUUAAAGUCUUCUUCUCUUGAAUGUUGUGGAUUCUAAUUUACCCCAGUGGCUCCCUAUAGAUAUGGGAGCCCUGACAUCUCUGCCCCAAACUGCAUCUUUGGGGAUGCUCCAGGCCGAGAGAGAGAGAGAGAGAAUGAAUGAAUAUUGCAUGCAUUAGUUAUUCAACCAUUUUAUGGUGAACUAUGGAAAGUAAGGGAGAUCUGUGUGUCCAGGCUUGAAUGAACCGAAGAUCUACCACUAAAUGAAACCAUCACUGGAUUAAAACUCCCUGCAAAUCAGGAUCUAGCAAAAGCUUCCUGCUAAAGGAAGGAGAUGGAGCAGUGCAUCCGUUUUUUUUGCCUGCCUCAAUGCUUUUUUCCAGCGUGAGCGAACUCUAUUAGGGCAGGUCUGGAUCCAUCCCACUUUCUCUGACAAAUACUUUGCAAUUUGGUUUGGGAAAUUAGGAAAAGUAUUCAUUUCAAGCAGUAGUCAUCAUUUGACAACUUAUUUCAUAUUCAUAUUCUUCCAUGGUACACAAAUGACUUGGAUGGAUUUUGAAUAAGUAAUACUUCUGAAGAGAUAACAAAA